AUGACUGCCCUCCGCGCGGCGGUCGCAGCGGAGGACGACGCUGCGGAGUGCCUCCGCCGCUGCGCGGCUGCCUGCGCGGCCGCGGCGCGGGCGGUGGCGCGGCUGCAGGAGGGCCCCGCGGCGCUCCGAGACGGCGUCGCGCGCGCCGCUGCGGCCCUCAGGCUGUUCAGCGGGAGCGGAGGGCAGAAGAGCAGCACCGAUCGCGGAAGGCCUGUGCCUGGGAGAUGGCCUGUGCGAUGGUGCGUGCGGGAGCCGCGGAGCCCGAGGCCAGGCCCCAGCAGCCAGAGCUCGGCGGUGAGUGCAAGCAGAGGCCGCAGUCGUGCGAGCCGCGGUGCAGAAACCGAGGGCUAG